AGUAUUAAUCAAACUAUUUCCGUUGACAAAAUUUUGAUCUGCAAAUCUCUUGUAUAACACACUCUCUUCCUCCCGUAUUGCAUAACUCAAGAACAAAGUUGUAAUGGAUCCGAAAAAUGGCUAUUGCCCACAAACCAAAACUUACCAAAGCUUAAGACCAUCUGUGCCAUUGCCGCCAUUAAACGAGCCCCUUUCUAUAAUCCAAUACACCCUUUCUCUCCUCAACUCUCCCACCACCGGAAUCAAUGCCAGCACCACCACUUUCCUUAUCGACGCCACCACCAACCACCGCCUCUCUUACACCGACUUCCUUAACCAAACCCAAAAUCUCGCUUCUUUCCUCCAAUCCCGUUACCCUUCCCUUUCUAAAAACGACGUCGCUUUUAUUCUCUCCCCUACUUCAGCCAACGUUCCCAUUGUAUACUUCGCAUUACUCUCCCUUGGCGUAAUUGUUUCACCUGCAAAUCCACUUUCUUCUACUUCUGAGUUAACUCAUAUGACUCAGCUAUGUAAACCACUCAUUGCUUUCGCUACUUCAUCCACUGUUAGUAAACUAACGUCGUCGUUUCCUCUAGGCGUUAUUCUACUCGAUUCACCUGAAUUCAAGUCUAUGAUUCAGUCUCCUGUUUCUAAGCCUGUCUCUUAUCCAAUCAUUCGUCAAACCGAUUCGGCAGCUGUUCUCUACUCGUCUGGAACUACUGGGAAAGUAAAAGGUGUUGAGUUAACUCACCGGAAUUUAAUCGCGUUAAUGGCCAGUUUGUAUCAUAACAGAUUCAAUAAUGUCCCUGAAGGUGAAACGCCGGAGCAAGAGGUAUCCUUCAUGACGUUGCCGUUGUUUCACGUGUUCGGAUUUUUUAUGAUAAUUAGGGUGGUUGGGUUGGGAGAGACGGUGGUGAUGAUGGAGAGAUUUGAUUUCGGGAAAAUGUUAGCUGCGGUUGAGAAGCAUAGAGUUACGUAUAUGCCGGUGUCGCCGCCGUUAGUGGUGGCAAUGGCGAAGUCAGAUUUGGCAUUGAAGUAUGAUCUUAGUUCACUGAAAUUGUUGGCGUGCGGUGGAGCGCCGCUAGGGAAGGAGGUGGCUGAGAGGUUCAAGAGCAGGUUUCCUAACGUGGAGAUUGUACAGGGAUAUGGUCUGACUGAGACUACUGGAGGAGCAACAGGGAUGAAUGGCGCUGAGGAAUCAGACCACUAUGGAUCUGCUGGUCGCCUUGCUGUGAAUACUGAAGCUAAGAUUGUUGAUCCUGAUAGUGGAGAGACCUUGCCUCCUGGACAGCGUGGAGAGCUUUGGAUACGUGGGCCAACAAUCAUGAAAGGCUAUGUUGGAGAUAAACAAGCAACCUCAGCAACACUCGACCCAGAAGGUUGGCUGAAAACUGGAGAUCUCUGCUAUUUUGACGCGGAUGGGUUUCUAUACGUUGUCGAUAGGUUAAAAGAACUGAUAAAGUACAAGGCAUAUCAGGUCCCCCCUGCUGAACUUGAACAUUUACUUCAGUCAAUUCCUGAUGUUGCCGAUGCAGCAGUUAUUCCAUAUCCUGAUGAAGAAGCAGGGCAGAUUCCUAUGGCUUAUGUAGUCAGAAGACCUGGGAGCACUAUAAGUGAGUCGCAAAUUAUGGACAUCAUUGCAAAACAGGUCGCACCAUACAAAAAGAUACGGCGUGUUACAUUCAUCAACGCGAUACCAAAAUCUCCAGCUGGAAAGAUCUUGAGAAGAGAACUCGUUAAUCAUGCGACUAGUGGUGCUUCUGCAAGAUUAUGACCGAACAAUUAGAGAUAUCUACAUAAUUUAAACUACCAGUUGAAUAUGGAAGUACAGUGUAUGUUGAUUUGAGUCUUCCACAUCACCUUAUUGCUUCAAUAUAUUUUAGCUCAUGGCAUCCAUCUCUUAUGAUUAAUAGGCCUUCUAUC